AUGGAUCUCAUGGGGCAGCUGCACCGAAUGAACAAAGAAGAAAUUUUGUCAUUCAUCAAAUCGUGUCAACAUGAAUGUGGUGGAAUAAGUGCCAGCAUAGGUCACGAUCCUCAUCUUCUGUAUACCCUCAGUGCUGUCCAGACAAAUAAAUUUUUUAAAUUUUUGCUUCUCUUUGAUUGUUAUUGUAUCUUCCCCCCCCGCCCCCAGAUUCUUACCUUUUAUGACAGUCUCCAUGUAGUUGAUAUAAAUAAAAUCGUUGAAUAUAUACAGAGCUUUCAGAAAGAAGAUGGAUCGUUUGCUGGAGACGAAUGGGGAGAAAUAGAUACAAGAUUCUCUUUCUGUGCUGCAGCAACUCUUGCACUUCUGGGAAAGCUGGAUGCUACUGAUGUGGAAAAAGCAGUAGAAUUUGUUUUGUCCUUUAUGAACUUUGAUGGAGGAUUUGGUUGUAGCCUAGCUUCCGAAUCACAUGGAGGACAGAUGUAUUGUUGCACAGGAUUUCUUGCUAUAACAGACCAGUUGCAUCAAGUAAAUGUUGAUUUCAGGCUUUGCAAACGUCAGUUAUCUUCCGGAGGUCUCAACGGACAACCAGAGAAGUUACCUGAUGUAUUUUAUUCGUGGUGGGUGCUAGCUUCUUUGAAGAUGAUUGGUAGGAUACAGUGGUUGAUUGACAGAGAGAAACUGCGCUGCUUUAUUUUGGCUUGCCAGGAUGAGGAGACCGAAGGAUUUGCUGACAGACCGGGAGAUAUGGUGGAUCCAUUUCACACCUUAUAUGGUAUUGCUGGACUAUCUUUAUUGGGAGAAGAACAAAUUAAGGCCGUUAAUCCUGUCUUUUGUAUGCCAGAAGACAUCCUUCGAAGAAGAAACGUGCAGCCUGAGCUUGUAAGCUAGGCCUUGUAGAGACAAAAGGUUUAUAUGACCAGUUGCUUUGUUUUACUUAUCUCAUCUGUGAAACCGUCUGCAUAUUCUUCUUUUGGAUGCGUUUACAUUCUGGAACUGAAGCAAUAGCUUUGCUGUGGACUUUGUCACUUUAUACAUUGUAUCAGAACAUGCUGGUUCUCAUAAUCUGAGUAUAACAUGUUCUUUGGUUGUAUUCUAAGAUGUGUAGAAACAUUUAAAUUCUGUAUCUAAAUGUACGGGCCUUGGCUUUUUUUUUUUUUUAAUAUAAUAUUCAAAUCAAAGCUUGACUGUGUGAAUGCUUAGCUUUUCUAUCCCUUGAAUAUCAACCAUGCUGGUACUGAUCUUCAUACAGGCCUCUUUCCAUAGUGGAUCAUGCACUUGAAAAAAGACCCAAACCAAAACAACAAUAACAAACCCAAACAAACAAACAAAAAACACAGUAAGAUUCUACCUAAGCCACGCACUUAAUACCACACACUUACGUAUUUAAUUUUUCCUGUUCAUGCAUCAUGUUUUUUUCCAUGUUCAUGCAUCAGUUUUCUGUACUGAGAAACAGCUGCUUCUUCUCACAGUAAUUGAUACCAGUGAAGCCAUGUUUAUGGUUCUUUCUAAUAUAUAUAAAUGUCUUCAUUUAUUGAUGAGUCCCUUAGACAGAAUUCCACCGAUGCUUGAAAUACAGCAUACCUUGAUUACGUUCAGUGAAUCUUGCUAACAUUAAACAUUCUAGAGAAAGUCUCCGUUGGACAGUGACUCGUAAUUGAACAUAGAGUUGAUUCUACAUUUGUUGCUGGGCUGAAAUCCUGCUUCUGUAGCUUUUAAGACACUAAUUGUCAAUACUUGAUUAUGUUGUAAUUGAAAAUAAAACUAUCUGUGGGAAAUACUUGUUCUCUGAAGGGUGAAAUCCUCUUUGUCUUCAUAGAAGUGCUAAAAUUGCCUCUUAAUUUACAUUCUACACAUGCUAGCUGAGACUGAAUGAUAUUCCACUUGUAACAUACAGUAAAAGGUAAUUAUGAAGGGGAAGAAGUCUUGGUUAAUCUCUGUACUUAUGCUUAAGUAAGGCCUGAAGUAGUUUCACCUGAACUUCACUCAGCAGAGAUAGCUACCCAAGAUUUGGCCUGCACAGAUGUGUAGUCAUUUGACAUAUAAACCCAGACUCUAUGAAUAGAAAAUACUGGUUUAGGCUACAAUAUUGGGAAUUAAUUUGAUAAUAGCAAAGAAUACUCUAGCCAUGACCAGGUUUUGAACCAACUUCAGUCACAGUAACAAAGUGCCUUUUAGCACUUCAGACAUAAAGGCAGUACAGCAGAACAGCCUGAGGUCUGGUUUGGCUGGAAAGUGCCUUAGUCACGGCGGUCAAGCGAACGGUUGAGCUUUUUCUCCUCUUAAGGGUGUGUUCUGCAGGAAAAGAAUGCCUCAAGCGGGAGAGCACUCUAAAGCUAAAUUUCCUAACACCUCAAAGGACCAAGAACCAGCCUUAAAAUGGUCUAUUCCUUCUUCCAAGUUUCAUAUCCCCCCCUCACACCUCCACCACCAUCCUGAAAAGCAUAGUCUCUUUCUGCUUCUAGCAGCUCUGAAAUCCCACAUCACUGUUGCACCACAACUACAGACCUUGAAUCAACUUCCUCCUACCAAAAUGUUGACCCUUAAAUUAUCAGAAGUCUGACAGAUCUCGAAUCUGACAGGCUACGCUCUGCCUGGCGUAGGCUUGCCAGCAUCUCCUGAUACCAAAUUCCAGGUCAAGGAAGGCACCUUUCAUUGUCCCAAGACACGUACCCAAAUUCCAUUCGCUGCACCUCUUGCAGGAUUUUCAAAGACAAAAAUCAAACCCGCGGUAUAGCCUCAAACUUUUGAGAGAACCUUCCUUCAGAAUAACUAGAGUGAUCUGGGUCCCGUGCAGUGGUAACCGUUCAGAAAUAGCUCCGCGUUUGAAUUACACCGAUGGAGGUGAGACGAAUGGCACGGCAGGCUGUGUGGAGUAGGCGAAUGCUUAUGGGCGUAGUGGACAUCUCGUCUUUUUGGUUUUUUGGGUGCCACAGGAGGUGCUGUGCAACCGGUGAGCGGAGUAUCAUCCACCGCUGAGUACAGCGUGUUUCUGGAAGAGGUCAGGGUUGGCUGGCAUGACCUCCAGCCCUGUGUUUUUGCAAAGGAUGAAGAGGCACCUAUCUGCCGAUGGUAGCAGCGUCCCAGUUAAAUCCAUGUUGACCUUCUUGAGGAUGGAUUCUGAUGCACAGCCCUCUGAAAGCAAAGUCGAAGAGCCAGUGGUCUGAGGGGAUAAGGUGGAGAGACUGCAGAGCAGGACGGGCGAGGUGCUUACAUCAGUGCAGCGGUGAGGGGUGUUUAGGAUCAGUCAUGUUCUGGUGCUGAGAGCAGGCGUAGGAUUCAGUCCACAUGAGGCGAGCAUGUGCCGGGCACAGCAGUUCCCGCCUGUGUCCGGCCUCGUCUGGCGGUAUCUUUCCCGAUCCAGAGUUGUUUUUUUCUGCUUAUGGUAGUCUCGCAUAUUACGGUCACGUCGUGUUACGUGUAGCCGGUGUGUGCUCGGGGUGGAGCUGCACAAGAUCAUACCACUCCCAGUACUGCGGCCCCGCU